CUUUUCAUAAUUAUUGUGAAACAAAUAUGGCUAAUUUAGGCCAAUUCCUCUUCUUUGCCUUGGGUUUAUCAAUUGGCCUAACAAUUGGCUUCUUUCAUCUCUUAACCAUACCUUUUUCCCUUACUUCUUGGUCACCAUCCCUCACCUUCCCCUCCCCUUACUUGGCCUUAACGACAACCUCGCCACCACCACCGCCAUUACGUUCGACGGUGCCAACAUUGGGAGGUGAUAGUUUGAUGCAUAAUAUGAGUGACAAGGAGUUAAUAUGGAAAGCUUCAAUGAUCCCUCAAGUGGAAGGGUACUCUUAUGAUUAUACUCCUAAAGUGGCUUUUAUGUUCUUAACAAAAGGGUCAUUGCCAUUAGCUCCAUUAUGGGAUUUAUUCUUUAAGGGUCAUGAAGGUUUAUACUCUAUCUAUGUUCAUACUCAUCCUUCUUACACUGAUUCUUGGCCUCAAAAUUCUGUUUUCUAUGGGAGGCGAAUUCCUAGUAAGGAAGUGGAAUGGGGAACUAUGUCUAUGAUCGAUGCAGAAAAACGACUGAUAGCUAAUGCCUUAUUAGAUUUUGGCAAUCAAAGAUUAGUGCUUGUUUCUGAAUCAUGCAUUCCAUUAUUCAAUUUCACAACAAUUUACAAUUAUCUAAUGCAUUCUAAGACUAGUUUUCUUGCCUCCUUUGAUGACCCUAGAAAACCUGGUCGUGGACGUUACAACCCCAAAAUGUACCCUAACAUAACCCUACAAGAUUGGAGAAAAGGAUCCCAAUGGUUCGAAUUUCACCGACGACUUGCUAUUCAUUUGAUCUCGGAUAAUAAAUAUUACUCGAUAUUCGAAGAACAUUGUAAACCGCCAUGUUACAAUGACGAACAUUAUUUCCCGACUCUUGCACACAUUCUUUUUCCUGAAUUGAUUGCAAAUAGAAGCGUUACAUGGGUUGAUUGGUCACAUGUUGGACCUCACCCUGGUCGAUUUAUUAAUCGAGAUAUAACAGAAGAGUUUCUUAACAAUAUUAGAUUUGGAUCGAGAAAUUGUACAUAUAAUGGGGAUGUAACAUAUAUGUGUUCUCUUUUUGCUAGGAAAUUUGUUGGUGAUACCUUAAAACCUUUGCUUCAAAUUGCUCCCAAAUUACUAGGGUUUAAUCCUUAA